CGGAGCCUGCCUGUCACCCGGGCGCAGCCGCCGGCGGAAGCCCCGUCGGCGGGCGGCGGCGGCGGCGGGAGCCGCGCUGCUCCCCCCGCCGCUCCCCUCGCUGCAGGAGGCGGGGGAGGAAGGCCGGCGUCCGCCGCCGCCAUGGGAGCGGAGCAGAGCGCGGAGGCCGAGAGCCGCUCGGGCGAGCCCGGCGCCUCAGCAUCUCCGUCGCCAGCCAAGCAGCGAGCGAAAAUGGAUGACAUUGUGGUGGUAGCCCCAGGAACGCAGUCCUCCCGGAAUGUCAGCAAUGAUCCAGAUGUCAUAAAACUGCAGGAAAUUCCAACUUUCCAGCCCCUUUUGAAAGGACUCCUCAGCGGGCAGACCUCUCCGACCAACGCCAAACUGGAAAAGCUGGACCCUCAGCAGGUGCUGCAGCUGUGUCUCCGGUACCAAGAUCAUCUUCACCAGUGUGCAGAAGCAGUUGCCUUUGAUCAGAACGCACUCGUGAAGCGGAUCAAGGAGAUGGACCUCUCUGUGGAAACUCUUUAUAGCUUCAUGCAGGAGCGUCAGAAGAAGUAUGCCAAGUAUGCGGAGCAGAUCCAGAAGGUCAACGAGAUGUCUGCCAUCCUCCGGCGUAUACAGAUGGGCAUUGACCAGACGAUCCCACUGAUGGAGCGGCUGAACAGCAUGCUGCCAGAGAGCGAGAGGCUGGAGCCCUUCAGCAUGAAACCCGACCGGGAGCUAAAGUCUUAGCUGAUCUGGCAGGCUCCCCCUCCUCACCUUCCACGCUCCGGUGUUCAGCACAGACGCGCUUCCAACGGGCUGGACUGGCAGAUGUUUGAAGCGGACGGCAGUGCUGCCUGACUCUCUGCCAGGGCAUCAGAGGAAGAGCAGCGUCAGCUGCCAGAACUGCGCAGCCAGGAAUCCAGGAGCUCCCCGGUCCCGUCAUCUGGAGAAGAUGAUUUACCGUUCUUUCAUCUCCCUCCUCUUGCCCUCCUGUCUCCUUUACCACUACCACCACCUGUGCUGAGACAUUUGUUUCAUUGCUGUGACUAGAUUGGGGUUUACAGAGGAGGAGUUUUCUUUCAUCUGAUUUCUGUUUUUUUUACUAGGAAAAUUCAAAGGGAUACAGGGUGUGACAAACCCUCUAACAUGGUUUUUGUGCCACCAGGGUUUAGACAAUUAGAUGGCUGGCAGGUAUUUCUGAGAUGCCCUGGCCUUGGAAAUGUGUGUGUUCUAUAGGUGAAAGUGUGGGAGCCAGGAACUGGCUUAUUAAAAUCUGCCUAUUAUCAUAAUUAACAUGGUUUGCAUGGCAGGGUUUUGGCAUGUCCUCCUCGAGGCUUCUGUUUUUAUGGGCUCGCUAAUUUAUGAGGCUGUAAAGGAAUAACUGUUCCAGAUACCUAUGUCUGUUAAUGUUAAGCACGCCUUAGCGUUCCUCUCCCCCUUGCCCUGGCAGUGUCCCUGUGCCCCAGCUGGUGGCAUUUCGUGUCCCUCACCUUGCACAGUGAUUCUGACAGGUGCUGGCACCGACCUGCUCACUUUGCCUCCCAAAGUUGGACGUGAGGUGUCUUUUUUUAUUUUUACUGGGACACUCCAGUUAUCUCGGUGCUGUCUUUUCUACCAGAGGGAUGCAGUUGUUUCUUUACCUUCAAGUGCAUGGGGUUGGAGGGGGGAGACACGAGGAGACCUUUGGGUCUUUGCGUUGGCUUAGCUGCCGUCAUGCCAAGAGCUUGCCUGAGCACGGUGUUUAAUGACUGAAACCACGUGGCCCUUUGGGACCGUGCUCAGCAAACUGCUCCAAAGGCAACAGGAUGUUCUUGCCUUCUCCCAAGCCGAGGGCCGUGCUGGAAGGCAGGCGAUGUGUCCGUGCCACCCGGGUGAUGGGCUGGCCCGUAGGAGACGGGUUGGUUGCCAAGUCUGUCACUGGUCUGCUGGCUGCAGGCAGUUUGCAGCACCUCUCCGAGCUUUGGUUUCUCCCUGUAUAAAACGGGGAUAUUUUACACACUGCUGUAAAAAUAUUUACGGAUCUAGAAAUAGGGUUUAACAGCUGGCGUUGCCAUUGCGUGGCAGCUCUUGUCUGCAGCAGAAAGAGCAUGAAACCAGAAGUGAGGAGCCCUUGGUUUGCUGGGUCAAGUGUAGGUUUGUGUGUGUUACGUUAGCCCCAGGAUGCUGUUGCUGGCAAGGAGGCUGAAGCGUGUCCAGGAACCCCAAGGGUUGUUGUAUGUCAGGACCGCGAUUCCAGUGGUGAGGACAGUCCUCUUUGAGAGAGUCAGUGACAGCCCAUCUUCCAGUACAGCACAAGGCUAAGUGACUUGACAAAGGCAACUUGCUUCGAUGCCUCUUAGUACUUAAGAGUACUUAAUCAGCAAAA